AUGUUAAGUAUCAAAAAGCAAUUUUCUCACAAUUUGUUAAUAGUGUUUGAAUUAGUAGAUCCUUAAAAGGAACAAUUUUUGUAAGAGAAAUAUAGAAGGGUAGCUGAAACUAAAAUCAAAUUUAAAUAACAAAAUAAUAAUAUAAUAAGAAGAUAGAGGAAGAAAAGUUAAUUGAAGAAGCCAAAAAUAAAAAAGGAGGAAAAACUUCCUGCUACAAAGCCAAAGGAUACAAAAAAGUAUUAUUAAGAAAAUAUAUACUUGGUUUCAAUAAAAAUUAGAAGAGAAUGA